GUAAUCAACUAAAACGAAAUUAUUUGCACUACCCUUUCCUUUCCUUUUGUUUGUUUAUAAUAUAAACUCCCACAGAAAAGAUAAUUUUAUUGGAUUCUGAAAUAUUCAGCGUAUUUUACAGUGAGUGUUGUUGGACUUGGACAGUAGCUGCUGCUUUUUCCCUUGUCUCCAGCUACCUCCGUUCCUCGAUCUCAUUCACCAGACAGAACAGAAUGGGUUGUCAAGGUAGCAAGGAGAAAAAAUCAAAGACAGAAUUUACUACUUCCUAUGGAUCAGCAGCCACUGGUAGUGGUGGUGGUACUAGUUACAACACUGUUCAGCCUCCGCCGCCGCCACCACCACCUACUACUACUGCUACUACUACUAAUCAGGUUCAAACAUCAGCAGCACCCAAACCACAAUCAAAAGCUUCUCCUACAGUGCAGCAGAAAGCAGACACGAGGAUUCUGGGGAAACCCUUUGACGACAUAAAAAAAUACUACAGUUUAGGGAAGGAAUUGGGAAGGGGGCAAUUCGGGAUAACGUAUCUGUGCACGGAUAAUGCGAGCGGUGGGACGUACGCGUGCAAGUCGAUACUGAAGAGGAAGCUGGUGUCGAAGGCGGACAGGGAGGACAUGAAGAGGGAGAUUCAGAUCAUGCAGCAUUUGUCGGGGCAACCCAACAUUGUCGAGUUUAAGGGCGCCUACGAGGACAGGUUUUCCGUCCACCUUGUCAUGGAACUCUGCGCCGGCGGGGAGCUCUUCGAUCGUAUCAUCGCCCAGGGUCAUUACUCCGAGAGAGCCGCUUCCUCUCUCUGCCGCUCCAUUGUCAAUGUUGUCCACAUUUGCCACUUCAUGGGUGUCAUGCACCGCGAUCUCAAGCCUGAAAAUUUCUUGCUCUCUAGCAAGGACGACCACGCCACUCUCAAGGCCACUGAUUUUGGUCUCUCUGUCUUCAUUGAACAAGGGAAGGUUUACCAUGAUAUGGUUGGCAGUGCUUACUAUGUUGCUCCUGAGGUAUUGCGUCGUAGUUAUGGAAAGGAAAUAGAUAUUUGGAGUGCAGGCAUCAUAUUGUAUAUUCUUCUGAGUGGUGUACCACCUUUUUGGGCUGAAACUGAAAAGGGAAUAUUUAAUGCCAUAUUGGAAGGUGAAAUUGAUUUUGUAAGUGAACCAUGGCCAUCCAUAUCAGACAGUGCUAAAGACCUAGUCAGGAAGAUGCUGACACAGGAUCCAAACAAGCGGAUUACUUCUUCUCAAGUCCUUGAACACCCAUGGAUGAGAGAAGGUGGAGAUGCAUCUGAUAAACCAAUCGAUAGUGCAGUUCUAUCCAGAAUGAAACAAUUCAGGGCAAUGAAUAAGCUCAAGAAGCUAGCAUUGAAGGUUAUCGCUGAAAAUCUAUCAGAAGAGGAGAUUAAAGGUCUCAAAGCAAUGUUUGCCAACAUGGACACUGACAAUAGUGGCACUAUCACCUAUGAAGAAUUAAAGACUGGCUUGGCUCGAAUCGGAUCAAAACUGUCUGAGGCUGAAGUGAAGCAACUCAUGGAUGCGGCUGAUGUUGACGGAAAUGGGUCGAUUGACUAUCUUGAAUUCAUUUCGGCUACAAUGCAUAGGCACAGACUUGAACGUGAUGAACAUCUUUACAAAGCAUUCCAGUAUUUUGAUAAGGAUAACAGUGGGUAUAUUACAAGAGAUGAAUUGGAGAUUGCUAUGACUCAAAAUGGAAUGGGUGAUGAAGCAACAAUAAAGGAAAUAAUCUCUGAGGUGGAUGCAGAUAAUGAUGGGAGAAUAAACUAUGAGGAAUUCUGUGCAAUGAUGAGAAGUGGAAUGCCACACCAGGGACAGCUUCUUUAAGUUCACUGAAUUAUCUUUAAUAAUUCAUAAUGAAAGCCGAUCGGUUGAGUAGUGACUUAUAAAAAGCAUUAUCUAUCUCCAGGAAUGGGUGACAGGCCACUUCAUGCAUUGGUGAUUUCUUUGCAAUCCUCCCAAUUUUCGUACAAGGUCGCUGUUGUGCCUGUUGUGCUAAAAGUGGAUUUCUUGUUCUGUACUUUUGUAUACUUUUAGUUUUCGGCUGUCACAUUUUGCUAGUGUCUUUUCGAAGCCUGAAUUUUAUAUUAAGGUACUUUGAUAUCGUAUAGAGUUGUCAUUUUUAUUAUGCCUGAGUAAUGAGUAAUCAGGGAAGGGAACUAGUUUCCUUAAGCUGUAUAUGGAAAUGCAAGCUUGAGUGCCUAGUUCACAUAAUGUUUUGAUAAUCUAAUCUUUUGUGCAAA